UCCGAUAAAUUAAUUAAUCAUGGGUAAUGGAAAAGUAAAGGACAACGACGUCGUUUUCGAGGAUUAUUUUCCGGCGAUGGUGGAGAAAUUGGGCGCCGAUGGGUUCAUUCACGAGCUGUGUAAAGGUUUUCGUCUGCUGAUGGAUUCCGAAAAGGGAUUAAUCACAUUAGACAGCUUGAAGAAGAAUUCCGCCGUCUUGGGGUUGAACGACGACGAGCAGCUCCGGUGCAUGUUGACGGAAGGAGAUUUGGACGGCGACGGUUGCCUCAAUCAGAUGGAGUUUUGUGUUCUCAUGUUCAGAUUAAGCCCUGAUCUCAUGAACACAGCUGCUCAUCUCCUUUAAUCUAUAAUUAAUUCAUUCUUCAUAUAUAUAU